AUGGCUAGCCAUUUAGGCCUUGAAGAGAUCACCACUGUCGAGUACCAGAUCGGCACCACCAUCGACCAGACCCGACGGAACGGGGAUCUGGGCGACGUAGAUGUUAAAGGUCUAGUCGAUCCAGAGAUCAUUGCCGGCCUUUCGCGUUUUGCCAAGAACUGGAACCUGGAAGAACUCCGCGUCGAGGGGCCCGAAAAAUCGCUGCGUCAACACCCCGACACGAUCCAGCCAAUCUCUCUCGGAUCCAUCUAUGGCAAGGGCCAUUGGCAGUGGGAAGAAUUGGAUGAACUGGGGCGCGCCGGCACGGACAUCGACCAUCUCCACCUAGACCUGGGCCAGACACGUAGUGUCCAUUGA